UGGAGAUAUAAAAUUGAAAACGUGUAGUCGUGAUUAUACAAAAUCUGAAAUAAGAUGAAAUAGCGUUUUAGGAGACAAUUUGUUAUAACCCUUCAGCUAUGGCAUCAACAGCCGAUGUUCAGACGUUAAUGGAGAUGGGGUUUACAAAAAACAAUGCGGAAAGGGCACUUGCAAAAACCAGUUACCAAGGAGUACAACUAGCCAUGGAUUGGUUAUUUGCUCAUGAAGAUGAUCCAGAUAUCAAUGAACCCUUUGAAGCACCAAAAGGGAAUGUACUAGGAGCCUCUAUUGUUGACACGCCUCAGACAGACAGCGUUGGUGAAGUAAACCUAGGUGGUGGCGGAGAGCCUGGAGUAUCGGGAGAGACAGGAGAGGCUCCGUCACAGGCUAAGUCUCUCAAAUGUGACGAAUGUGGAAAGUUGCUCAAAGGAGAGAUGGAUGCCCAAGCACAUGCAGCUAGAACACAACAUUCUCAAUUCUCAGAGUCAACAGAUGAAAUCAAACCAUUGACGGCUGAGGAAAAGGCAGAGCAAAUGCGAAAAUUGCAGGAGAAAAUUAAAAUGAACAGACUGGAACGAGAAGAAAAAGAAAAACAGGAAGCCCUAGCAAGGGAGAUACAGAGACGGCAGUCAGGAAAAAUGAUCGUUAAUACGAAACAAAAAUUCGAGGAGGCUGAGAUAAAGAAGCUUGCAGAACAGCGACAGAGAGAGAAAAGAGACGAUAUGGAAGCAAGACGGAAAGUAAAAGAGGCAAUAGAGCGUGACAAGGCCGAGAGAGCAGCAAAGAAAAACAAACCAGAUGUUUCCCAGACUGCAGAUCCGCAACCUAAACCUGCUGCACCUGUUGAGAAAAAGUCUUACACUGAUUGUCAGCUCCAGAUUCGACUACCUGGAGGCGAUACUAUAAACCACACCUUUUCAGCCAAGGAGUCACUGGCAGCUGUGCGGCUAUACAUCCAGAUGAACAAGCCAGAGUUUGGAGCUUUUAAUUUACGCCAAAAUUUUCCACCAAAAGUCUAUCAACCAGAAGAUUAUGAAAAACCUUUAGAUCAAUUAGGACUAGUACCAAGAGCUAAUCUGCUCGUGGUGAAGAAGUAAAGCCGUGCUAUGUGGCGACCAUAAACCUAUACAUUUCCAUAUCGGCUCUCAUUGAAGAAAUGGCCGAUACAAUGCAUCAAAGGACUCUUAGGCCUCUUUCAGUUGUAUUGAAGAUGACAGACAUUGUAUGUGCCAUCUGUUACUUUCUGUGAAAGCUGUUUUAAAUUUGGUUUUAUAUGCAUUAUGAAAUUUCUUUAUACAAUCUGUAUUUGUCACAAAAUAUAGUGCCAACUGACUCUCUAUACUAGCAGUGUGCUGAACUAACUCACUUAUCUUGUCCUAUAGAGAUACAUUCAUGUAUGCCUGACAUAGAGUGUUUGUUGAGGAUUCAUCAUUCGUUUGGACGCCCAUCUGUAGUGCUGUGAUUGCAUACCAAUAUUGUAUUCAAGUGAAAAUGUUUUAUGUACUAUUUAUGAAAUGCAUCUUUCUUGAAAGUAAGUAUAUGCCUUACACACCUGGUAUUUGUCAAAUUAAAACAAUUCUUGAAACAAA